AUGGCGCUAGAAACUCCUGCACCCGUCUCGGACAUGUCGAGUCUCAAACCCAAAAACGAUGUCCUUGUGCAAAAUAACACCGACGAUGAUUCUACUGUUUCGCUGGCGAAAAACAGCCAGCACAGCCAGGACGGGGACGGAAAGCCGUCGCGUCUUGUCGUCACGCUCACCUUGGCCUCGUCCAUUUCCGGCUUCAUGUUCGGUUACGACACCGGCUACAUUUCCAGUGCCUUGGUCCAGGUGGGCACAGAUUUGCUGAACAAGAUCCUCACGUCGGGAGACAAGUCUUUGAUCACGUCGGCAACGUCGCUCGGCGCGCUUCUCGGCGCGAUUGUCGGCGGCGUGGCUGCAAACUUGGUUGGCCGGAAGCGGGUUCUUUUGGCUUCCAACGUUGUGUUCAUUUUGGGCACCAUCAUCCAGCUCGCGGCGAAAACCGUGUGGACCAUGAUUGUCGGCCGGUUUGUGCUUGGCUGGGGUGUUGGCGCCGCGUCGCUCAUUGCGCCGCUCAUGUUGAGUGAGUUGGCUCCGUCCAAGUACAGAGGCCGUCUCAUUGUGACAAACUGUAUUUUCAUCACUGGUGGUCAGUUGGUGGCCUACUUUAUCAACUGGGGCUUGACCAAUGUCAGCCACGGCUGGCGUGUCUCUGUCGGCUUGUGCAUGGUGCCCAGUGUGCUCCAGGCGCUGUUGUUUUUCUUUUUGCCCGACACACCACGGUACUAUGUGAUCAAAGGUGAUCACAAGAGGGCCAAGAGCGUUCUUUUGCGCGUGGAGAACAUUUCGGACGAGCAGGCCGAGGCCGAGGUCCACGAUAUGAUAUUGUCGAACUCGACAGUGCCCGGAACACCAUUGCAACAGAUCUGGAAGUCCAUCAAGCUCUGCCACACACACGCAGCAAACUUCAGAGCGUUGAUUUUGGCCUGUGGCUUGCAAGGCAUCCAGCAGUUCACCGGUUUCAACUCGUUGAUGUACUUUUCCGCCACGAUUUUCGAAACCAUCGGCUUCAAGAACGCCACGGCCGUUUCCAUCAUUGUCGCCGCCACCAACUUUGUUUUCACUCUCGUUGCAUUGUGCAUCAUUGACAAGAUCGGCCGCCGCCGCAUUUUGUUGUGGGCCAUUCCUGGCAUGUGCAUUUCCUUGGUCGUCUGUGCCAUUGCGUUCCAUUACUUGGGAGUCAAGUUCGGCAGCGGAAGCAAGGUCAUUGUGAAAACCCAGGGCAUUUCGGGCUGGGGAAUCGUGGUGAUCAUCGGAAUGGUGAUGUUUGUCGCCUGCUACGCCGUUGGUAUUGGUAACAGUGCCUGGACCGGAGUCGAGUUGUUUUCGGACGUCAACGUCCGUUCCGUCGGCGGCAUGUAUGCUGCAGCGACAAACUGGAGUGGCUCUUUGGUGAUCUCCUCUACGUUUUUGACCAUGUUGCAGAACAUCACGCCCACAGGAACAUUUGCCUUCUUUGCUUGCUUGUGUUUUGUGUCGUUUUUGUUCAUCUACUUCCUUUUCCCCGAAGUGGCCGGCUUGGAGUUGGAGGAAACCUCCGCCAUGCUCGAAAACGGCUUCAACGUCAAGAAAGCCUCCGAGUUAUCUCGCGAACGCAAGAGAAUCUCGCGUUACGUCAACGAAAACUCGGCAUGA